GAGGUUCCGACCAAAAGCCAGAGUUUCAUCUUUAUGUGAUCAGAGACAGAGAUGGUGGAAGAAGAUUUAAACCAGAUUGGUGGCAAUAGUAAUUACAAUGGAGAAGCAGACCCAGAGAGCAACACACUUAACCAACCUCUGGUUAAGGCUAAUCGAACACUUUCUUCAACUCCUCUUGCUUUGGUUGGUGCCAAGGUUUCCCAUAUCGAAAGCUUGGACUAUGAAAUAAACGAGAACGAUCUGUUUAAGCAUGAUUGGAGAAAGAGAUCAAAGGCACAAGUACUUCAAUACGUGUUUCUGAAAUGGACGUUAGCUUGUCUUGUUGGUCUUUUCACUGGUUUAAUCGCUACUCUCAUCAACUUAGCCGUCGAAAACAUCGCUGGCUACAAGCUUUUAGCCGUUGGUCACUUCCUCACCCAAGAAAGAUAUGUUACAGGUCUGAUGGUGCUUGCUGGGGCGAAUUUGGGACUGACGUUGGUGGCGUCUGUGCUAUGUGUUUGCUUUGCUCCUACGGCGGCUGGACCUGGAAUUCCUGAGAUCAAAGCUUAUCUUAAUGGCGUUGAUACUCCCAAUAUGUUUGGUGCUACUACUAUGAUCGUUAAGAUUGUUGGAAGCAUUGGAGCGGUUGCAGCUGGACUUGAUCUGGGUAAAGAGGGUCCUCUGGUUCACAUUGGAAGCUGCAUAGCUUCUUUGCUUGGACAAGGCGGAACAGACAACCACCGUAUCAAGUGGCGAUGGCUUCGUUACUUCAACAACGAUAGAGACCGCAGGGAUCUGAUUACGUGUGGUUCAGCUGCUGGCGUCUGUGCAGCCUUCAGGUCACCUGUUGGAGGUGUGCUUUUCGCCCUUGAGGAAGUCGCCACUUGGUGGAGAAGUGCCUUAUUGUGGCGGACUUUCUUCAGUACAGCGGUCGUUGUGGUUGUUCUAAGAGAGUUCAUAGAGAUCUGCAAUUCAGGGAAGUGUGGGUUGUUUGGAAGAGGAGGGCUUAUCAUGUUUGAUGUGAGUCAUGUAACUUAUACUUACCAUGUAACUGACAUAAUCCCUGUCAUGUUGAUUGGUGUAAUCGGUGGAAUUCUUGGGAGCCUCUAUAAUCACUUCCUGCAUAAAGUUCUCCGGCUUUACAAUCUCAUCAACGAGAAGGGUAAGAUCCACAAGGUGCUUCUCAGUCUUACAGUAUCACUCUUCACAUCGGUUUGCCUUUACGGUCUUCCUUUCCUCGCGAAAUGCAAGCCUUGUGACCCCUCGAUAGAUGAGAUCUGCCCGACCAAUGGAAGAUCGGGAAACUUCAAACAGUUCAACUGCCCAAAAGGUUACUACAAUGAUUUAGCUACUCUGCUUCUCACCACCAACGAUGACGCUGUCAGAAACCUUUUCUCUUCCAACACUCCCAAUGAGUUUGGCAUGGGUUCCCUUUGUAUAUUCUUUGUGCUCUACUGCAUCUUGGGGCUUUUCACAUUUGGAAUUGCAACACCGUCUGGUCUCUUCCUCCCGAUCAUCCUCAUGGGUGCUGCAUAUGGCCGAAUGCUUGGGGCUGCAAUGGGAUCCUACACAAGUAUUGACCAAGGGCUUUAUGCUGUCCUUGGUGCAGCUGCACUCAUGGCUGGAUCGAUGAGAAUGACUGUGUCACUCUGUGUUAUAUUCCUCGAACUCACCAACAACCUUCUUUUGCUUCCCAUUACAAUGAUUGUGCUUCUGAUAGCCAAAACUGUGGGAGAUAGCUUCAACCCUAGUAUCUAUGACAUCAUCUUGCAUCUAAAGGGCUUACCUUUCUUAGAAGCAAAUCCAGAGCCAUGGAUGAGGAACCUCAGUGUUGGUGAGCUUGGUGAUGCUAAGCCCCCGGUUGUAACCCUGCAAGGCGUAGAAAAGGUUUCAAAAAUAGUUGAUGUGCUAAAGAACACGACCCAUAAUGCAUUCCCUGUUUUAGAUAAAGCAGAAGUACCUCAAGUGGGUCUACCAACUGGUGCUACAGAACUCCACGGGUUGAUCCUGAGAGCGCACCUCGUUAAAGUUCUGAAAAAGAGAUGGUUCUUGACAGAGAAAAGAAGAACAGAAGAGUGGGAGGUCAGGGAGAAGUUUCCAUGGGAUGAAUUGGCUGAGAGAGAAGACAACUUUGACGACGUGGCCAUCACAAGCGCUGAAAUGGAAAUGUAUGUCGAUCUUCAUCCUCUUACCAACACAACACCUUACACAGUCAUGGAGAACAUGUCUGUGGCCAAGGCUUUAGUACUAUUCCGGCAAGUGGGACUCCGGCAUUUGCUUAUUGUUCCCAAGAUUCAAGCCUCGGGAAUGUGUCCUGUGGUAGGGAUCUUAACCAGGCAGGAUCUAAGGGCAUACAACAUUCUACAAGCCUUUCCUCUCUUGGAAAAGUCCAAAGGUGGAAAAGCACAUUGAAGGACUACUUACUUUGUUUACCUGUGGUUGUAAAAUAUCGCUUGCAGCCUUGUGGUUUUCUUCUCAUUCUUGAAGAUGUAUCUGUCCAGUUUUGCACUUUUUCUUCAUAUCCAACAGAAGUUGAUAAGAUAAAUAUUGCACACAUCU